UGUCUCGGUGGCGCCCUGCGCGGGGCGGCGGGGGGCCGGCCGGUCGGCAGCCCCUUCGAAGUCCUGACCGCUGGGUCUGUAAGAGCCCGCACCGCACAGCUCGUGGAACCAGAGCGAGGUACGCGGGCGGCCCCGGGCGCUCACUCGGCCGGAUGGAAAAGGCCAAUUUCCACAUCUCAGCUGUCAGGCUCCGAAAUUACUCGUGCGAGGAGAGGCUGGGACUAGACGGGAGCGGUGAGCUGGGCAGCUGACAAAGAAGCAGACUCUGUGGUCUGAGCUUCAGACAGAGUUUCCCGGCACCGGGGUUCCCAAGCGCCAGACCUUUGUGCAAGGCCACGGGUACUGAGGGACAGCUUCCUCCACGGUGGUAUCCCGCUGCUGCAUCCCUGUGGCCCUCCGUCAGCCCAAGACUCAGGCCUCCCAGGCCCCUGAAGUCGGCUGUCCCGCUGCCACAUCCCUGUGGCCCUCCGUCAGCCCAAGACUCAGGCCUCCCAGGCGCCUGAAGUCGGCUCUUGGCCCCUGCCUUUUGCUGCUUUAAGCCCCCAGCCCCCAGCCCCACCUUCCCUAUAAGUUCUGAGUAGUCAUUCCACUGAGUGGGAAGGGCGUCCACUAACAGGUGGAGAGAGUUGAUACAACCUCCUCCGCUGGUGCCUCCUGCCCAGCCCCUCACCGAGGGGUGGCUGCCUGACUCCCUCCGGGCCCAGGGGGGCAGGAGCGCGAAAACCCCUCACUUGGAAAACUUACAGACUUGUUUUAGCGUAAACAAAUACGAAGUGUUCAGAGCUCAGGAAAGUUGCUAGUGGGUAUUAAACUGCCCCCCAAAAAAGAGAAAGACAUUUUCUUUGAAGAAAGUGAAAAAGGUCACUUUUUGCUCUAAAUGUUAUAACUGGGACCUAGGUCAGGGUGAUGCCACCUGAGGAAGCCCGGGGUGCCGAGGCCGUCCUGCCUGCAGUCACCAAGGAUGUGCCCGGUCCUCUUGCUCUAGGCUAGGAUGUCCCCUGGGGGGGAGCCCCAGCCCCACCCCGGAGCCCACAGGAGCCCUGCCAGGUGCGGUGGCACCAGGAGGGGUGUCAAAGGAAGCCAGGCAGGGGGCUGUCGGCCACGUCUUCGUGGCCACCCGCAGGUGCCUGGGCUGGACCCACGUGUUUGCAGGGCCUCUGGACAGGUGGCGGAGCAGCCCCUUCUGUCCACUCUCCCCAGGUGGGUGCCCUCGGGCAGGGUCAUUUGCUGGGCCUGAGAGUCCUUAACCGCUGGCCAGCUCUCAUCGCUCCCUCUUCAGAUGCUGCUCUAUCUGAGUGGAAUGUACUAUGCCCUUUAUUUCCUAGCUACGCUCCUGCUGGCCGUGUAUAAAAUCCAGGUUUUCACUUACCCUCACAGUUACCUGGUCCUCGACCUGACUCUGCUCUUUCUGAUGGGGAUUCUGGAAGCAAUUCGGUUAUACUUCGGCACCAAGGGCAACCUGAUGGAAGCCGAGGUACCGCUGGCCGCCAGCCUGGUCCUCACGGUGGGCGGUGCCCUGCUGUCCGUCUACUUCCUGCUCUGGCAGACCCUGGUGCUGUGGGCAGACUCGGCCCUCAGCGCCGUGCUCCUGGCGCUCCACGGCCUGGAGGCCGUCCUGCAGGCGGUGGCCAUCGCCGGCUUCGAGGGCUAGGUGGGCGGUGCCCGGCCCGCGGGACAGCCCUGGGCAGGAGACCUUCCUCAGAGCCAGACUGUGCCCCAGCCGUCACCUCCCCCACUGACAGUUGCUGAGCGGGAAGGACAUCUUCGUGCUGACCUGCCUCAGUGUUUGUUAGAGGGUCAGAUGGUGUGGAGGGUCUGUGAGGCGGAGGUGGGGUCGGGAACCAGGGCAGAACAAGGUGCUGGGCAGGGGCUGGGUGUGGCGGAAGCAGGGGUGGGGCUGUCCCCGCCGGUCUGCGGGGAAUCGCGGGGACAUCUCGGGCUGGUGGGGGUCUGGCUUCAGCAGCCACCGACAUCCGGGGUGCAGAGGGGAACGAGGCCUUUGGAAGGCAGGCAGCCAGGCCAGUGCCCUCGCGGUGUCCGUGGCAUCUCCCUCUCAGGCCAGGAUCGGCCGUCUCUGCUCUCCCUGCAGCUUCGGGGUGGCACAGGGACCAGGGGUCCUGCUCUGCGGGCCAAGCCCCGGGCAGGUGGUGCGCUCUGCCGCGCACAGGAGGCACCUGCCGAGGGCCAGGCAACUCGGGGCUGGGGGGUUUCCUUUCCCUUGGGGGCUCUGGAGAAAGGCGAAGGUGACCUGGAAGCUCCAGCGCAGAGCGGGGGAGGAGAGCUGGAGAGGCCCCCAUAGGGGUGCUGUCCGGCUCCCAGGCCCUCUGCAAGUGCUCCUGGAAGGGGUCUGCGCCGAUGUUUCCUAGUGACUUUCCUUGGUCUCAAUUUCACAUUUUCUAAGUCUCGAGUAACGUUGUGUUUGAGCAUCUGGAUAGUCUCUCUUCACGGUAUUUUUAAAUAAAGAAGCUUCUCUACCUCUCUGAA